AUGAACAAUAAUAUAACUGUUAAAAGGGAUUCAAGAUUAAAACCAUCUUACCUUAUUUUACAAGAAAGAGAGAUUUUUUGUUUUAUUAAAAAUGAACAGUACCACACUGCAAAGGGCUUGGCUGUAAUAGUUACAGAACCUAAUAAAACUGAGAUCAAUAAAAAACAAAUUAUAUUAUUAGUACAUGGGCAUCUAUCCCACAAAAAUGCAAUUUAUCAACCAUUACUAGCAAACGUGUUAAGUCUGCUAGGUUACUGGGUUAUAAGAUUUGAUUUUAGAGGUCAAGGUGACUCAGAAACAAAUGCUAAUCUACAAUUAGGAAGAACUGUAUCCCAAGAUAUCGAAGAUCUAGAGACAAUCAUAAAAAGUUUGAAUCCUUAUUUCUCUAAAGACUACAAGGAAUUGUUUGGAGAGGAUGAAAUGAGUAUUAAAAUGGUUAUAGCUCACUCAAGAGGAGUUCUGCCUAUAAUGAAAUAUUUUGGAUCAGUAAAAACGUCUGAAAGAGUUCCAUAUCUUGUUAAUUGUUGCGGAAGGUAUGCCUCUGAGGGUUUAUUAGAAAGAUAUACAAAAUUAUACCCUAAAUGGAAACAACAGAAAGGGUUUUGGGCGAAGACUUUUUAUCAUGGUGAAUACAUUAAUUAUUGGGUGCCAGAAGGUGAAGUACUAGAUGCUGGCCAAUUUUCGACAGAAUGUUUCAAACAUAUACAUAAAACAACAAAUGUUGUAAAUAUUUAUGGAACCUGUGACCAUGUUAUUCCAAAUGAUGAUGCAACAAAAUAUCAUAACACGUUCGGGAGUAGAUCAUUCCAAUUCUGGGUUCCUGGAUCCGAUCAUAACUUCUAUGGAUUGAUUGAUGAUAAGAACCCUUACAAUCUACCAACAAAAAGAGGAAGAACAAAUUAUUCAUAUUAUCUAGCCGCAUUAAUAUAUCUUGGUGUCCAAAAUGAUUCAUUUCAUGACAUAGAUGAGUUCCAGAUAAAAAGUGCAUUGGCAGAGUUACUAGCAUCCUGA